GAGCUAGUAGUAGAUUUAGCAAGCAAAAAUUAUGAAUUUUGUGUAUGGAAUCCCAAAUAUCUAUACCUCAUGUUAGAAGAAACCUCUCGAACCUUCACCAAGCCAGUACUUUUCAACCAGUUCUGAGAUUCUUUUGAGAGAACCCAAGUUGGUACUAUUUACUUAUAUGAUUAAUUUAUACACAAAGUCAUUCUAGCCAACAGUUAAAGCCAUAAUCAAUUGCUUUUAUUAAUCUCUUGCUUCUGAUCUUUUCUGGGCACAACAUAUAGUUUAUUUGGUUCAAACUUUUAUUCCCAGUUAAAGCUUUUGUCACUACAGCUAAAUAUGUCCAACGUUGGAAUAGGUUAUGAUCAUGGCGGGGCGUGUUAUUAUUCAGUGCUUGGUUUGUGUAAGCAAGCCACAGAAAAUGAGAUUCGCUGUGCUUAUCGCAAACUUGCCAUGAAAUGGCACCCAGAUAGGUGGAUGAAAGACCAAAAAAUUGCUGGAGAAGCUAAAAGACGGUUCCAACAAAUCCAAGAAGCUUAUUCAGUUUUAUCAAAUAAAGGAAAGAGAACAAUCUAUGAUGCUGGAUUGUUUGGUCUCCUUGGAGACGAUGAUGACGAGGGAUUUGUAGAUUUCAUGCAAGAAAUGGUUUUGAUGAUGCAAAAUGUGAGGCCACAGCCACAGGAAGAGAACACCAUGGAGGAGCUUCAGGGGUUGUUAACGGACAUGGUUAGGGAGAAUGAAAUGGUCAAUUUUGGAUUUGAGUUGAGCACGUCUCAGAGUCCUAGUAAGAGGAUGCGUUUUGAUUUGUAAUGCUUCCUUGAAUUAAUUUGAUCUUAAAUUGACAAGGUUGUGCUAAUUAUUUCUCCACGGUUUUCAAUUAAUGGAUUAUAUAAGUUUUCCCUUUCAA